AAAGGCUUAAACAGGCUCACUUUCACUCAAGCGAACAACAAGCGGAGUUUCUCUCGUCCUGACGUCAACAUGACUCAAGUUAACGUGUGUCUCAAACGCACCUUCACAUUCUUCAACAUACUUUUUGCGAUCCUGGGCGCGCUGGUGAUCGGCCUCGCACUGGUGUCCCAGUCGGUAUCCAAAAACCAUGGAGCCGGGGAGGUGGAAGGCCGGACCACGGGUCUCCUCAUGCUCUACAUCGUCGGCUCCGUCACCAUGAUGAUCGCCAUCCUGGGGGCCUACGGCGCCCAAAAGGAGAACAAGGGCGCUCUUAUUGCAUUCCUGGUUUUCAUGGUCAUUGGAACUUUGAUUAUGUGGAAGACCGGAACGUCAAUGGCCAUCUCCAGUCCACAGAUUGAAAACGUGAUGGAGCAAAAGUUCAGAAGUCUCCUUCCUCUGGACCAAUCACCAGAGAGCACUCAGAACAUGAUGAGCUCCGUCCAGACGACUCUCCAGUGCUGUGGACUCUUCAGUUAUGAAGACUGGGAGAAUAAUAUUCCUUCCUCAUGUGCGUGCAACUCUGAGCAAGAGUUUGAAGGGAACUGCAGGACCGUCAACUACAAUGAACUUCUCCAGUAUCAUCAGGAGGACAAUUUUCAGGGCGGUAAGAUUAAUAAUAAUACGUGGCGCUUCCAUCACUUAAACUUCAAAUAUUACAAUAUGACUUUCAUGGUUAUGUGCUACGUUGCCAUAGUAACUACCUGUCGUUCUACAGACCUGUUUCCCCCCAUCAUCAUGGCAGUAUGUGGGCAUGGCGUACAACAUCUACAUGGCCGUGGUUUUCUCCCUGGGAACCCUCGCCCUACUUGGGAUGGUGCUGUCCCUCCGUGAUCAUCCACCAGAUGGGUCCCCAAGGUUCCCAGAACCAUGAUGGUCCUUUCCAUCCCGGCUGUCUUCAGUCCCCAGCCUCCUAAGUACCAGGAGCUGUACAACUCUCCUGCUUAAGGCCCUGCUGUGUCUCCAGCAGCUCAACGACUUUCUGCUUCCUUAUCUGUCGUUAGCUCGCUAGCUGUGUGCGGCCGUACUUGUAUUUUGAUGUCGGAUGGAUGAGGGUUAAUCUAGUACCACUAGACUAGGUUUGCACUAAGGUAGCAUUAAGUUUGCACUAGCUUUGAGUUAGCAGCACUCUAGAUAUAAAGGGGGGUAAAUAUUGCUGUGAGAUUAGCCUGCCUCCAUUUAUGCCAGUUUAGCUAACCUAAAACUAGUAACUUCUUAGACGAUCAGUAAAGGGCUAUUAGUUGAUUUAACUGUUUGAUGAUGAAAACCACUUGCGUUUACAAAAGGGACAUUUAAUUCAGAGUCAUACAUUAAUAUUUAAAAUGCAUAUUGUCCCGUUUGCCGAAUUUAACUUUUGACUUCUUUUGACUUCUACCCUUGCCAAUAAAGACAUUUAUUUCCA